UACGAACUCGAAGAGGUGUCGUUGUCAGCCCUGCUCUGUAUUCUGAAGCAGUCGUAUAUUGACACUCGCUCAGUGAUUCGAAGGGAACCUCAUGUGGCUCUACUGAUACAGAUUCUUAACGACACAGCCGUCUAUCCGAGCGAUGUGAAUGUGCAAGAGCUUGUAUCACCUACACCUCGUAGAACAUCAGCAGCCGCUCUUCCAGCCAUCCAAUUGAUUUCGGCUGCCGUCUCACGUUAUGCAGUAUUUCGUGCGUCGAUCCGAGGUACCGAUUCGGAUAUUAUGUUGACCCCGCUGCAGACACUACUGCUAUCACCGCUUCAGCCAUCUGGAAUUAACAUUCUGGACAUUGUGUUGUUAUACAUUGAGCAGGCAGAUGACCUGCCAUGCCAUGCUCUGUACGCUGGACGGAUUCUUCGUGAACUGUGCGCCAUACGACCGUCUCUUCAAUCGCAAAUGGUCGAGCUACUCAAGGCACGAAAAUCGGUGGCACGAUAUGCUCGUGCGAUUCGAAGUGUUCUUAAUCCGAGUACAAUACGAUAUAGGAUCUCGGAUAUGGUAGCUCCG